UUAAAACUCGCUCAAAACUCAUUGUUCCGCUCAAUCUGUUUACAUUGUGAAAUAAGUUCGUAUUGUGAAUUUCACAUUUCAAGCGAAAGGUGCUUUUUGUGGUAGGCUCAUAAGCUCGUUUGGUGAUCAACCGUGGCUUUGUACUGUUAUGUGAUUUUAGUUACGUUAGGAGUUAUACAGUCGCCUUUUCGUUCAUUGUCAUUGUCAGUACACAUCGAAAGUUGCGAUAUAAUGCGCUUUCAUAGUUUUGUAACAAUCGUCGGACCGUAGAAAACGUGUCAACAGCCAUAUCCUCUUGAGUUUCAUGUUGUGCGGUUGAUAAUACUGGUAUUUGUAUGUGGCAGGUACCAGAAAUGUGUGUAGACGAUGUUCAGUGAUCAUUAACAAGGUGAGAUCACCACACGCCAUCUCACAAUAAUUGUAUUAAUAAGGAUUUAUUGCGGCUCCCCGUAUUGAAUGCCUUGAUGUUUAUGUUCGAUAUUGUAUUAUGGCAUCUGGUACAUCAUCCUUGGAGAGUAAUGGAAGUAAUGAGUCAAUAUCACACAGUUAUGUAAGCACGGAACGACACAAUAACACACAGCUACCUACAAUACCAAUACCGAUUGACUAUGAGGUUAUAUCAAACAACCAAUGUUAUGACAAACAGAACUACACGGUGAAACCUCAUGGUGCUCACGUUAUGAGCGGCCCAUAUGAGUCACUGCAGUAUGAUGUGAUAAACAAACAGACAAACGAAAGUUUGAAACAGCAAUGUGAGAAGGCAUUGCAUGAUUUGAAUCAGCUAAGGAGACAGCAUACGGAGACUUCCAGACGCUGUGAGCAUGUAAUGAAGGAAUUGGAAUAUUUCCGAGGGCAGCACAGAGCAGCUAUGAAUCAACUGGAGGUCUCAGCUCAAGAGGCUAGUAGUUUACGUGGAAAAUACGGAGAUCUGCUCAAUGAUAACCAACGUUUGGAGCGUGAGGUACAACACUUACAGCAGAGCAGUACACCGGAAGGCAGCUCUGAUGCAUUGGUACACACACUCAGGAAAUAUGAAGCCUUAAAAGAAGAGUUGGAUUGCUUUCAAAAAAGAUAUGACGAUUUAAUAGAGAAUCAUAAUGCGACAUUGGAGAAGCUUCGGAUCCUGCAAGAAGAGAACAGCCGUCUGAAGACUCAGUGCCAUGAGUUGACGCAGGAGAGGAAUGCUGUGAUCCGGGAGCGCAACACGCUGAAGCAGCAGGUGGCGCACGUGGUGCGGCAGUGGGAGACCGGCGAGCGCGCCGACAUCAAGCGCCUCACCGACGAGCGCAACGCCGCCAUGGCAGAGUACACGCUCAUCAUGAGCGAGAGGGAUACAGUUCACAAAGAGAUGGAGAAGUUAUCCGAUGACCUGCAGGGAGCUAUGAAAAGGGUGUCCGCUUUGGAAGCUGCAUUACAAGCAUCCAGGGAACAUCACAGGGCCACAGCGUUGCAGGCCGAGAGUCUCCGGCGCGAGGUGGAGUGCGCGCUGUCGGAGCGGGACCGCGCCCUCAAGGAGUGCUCCGCCACCAGACAAGACAACUCGGCGUACCACCACUUGGGGCUCGCAAGUGGAGUCGGCAAUGACGGGUUUCUCAACGGGCAGCACUCCAACGAUCCCUCCCUGGACAAACUGCAAGGCAUGGUGGUGGACGCGGUGGACAAGGAGCGCGUGGAGAACCUGGAGCAGGCCAACCAGGAGCUGGAGCGCCUGCGCAAGCAGCUGGACGCCGCGCGCGCAGAGCUGGCGCACGCGCAGCGCGAGGCAGAGGUGUCGAAACGAAGGAGAGACUGGGCGUUUUCUGAACGAGACAAACUGCUGCAAGAGAGAGAGAGCGUUAAAGCGCUGUGCAACCGACUCCGCAAGGAGCGGGACCAGAUGGUGGGCGAGGUGGCGGAGGCGCGGCGUCACGGCAACAAGAAGCACGAGCCCGCGCACGAGCCCGCCAGACUGUUCGACGCCGCGGACCUACAGGAUGUAGAAUGGGACCUAAUCGACGUGGAGCUGAGCGGACUGACUAAAGAUGGGGAGCUCGGCUUCGAGUUGGCUGGCGGCAGGGACGAGCCGUACUUCCCCAACGACUGCAGCGUAUACGUCACUGCUGUUAAGAAGGGCUCCAACGCUGAUGGCAAGAUCAGAGUGCUGGACCGCAUCUCGUCGGCGUGCGGCACGGGCGCGUGGAGCAGCGCGCGCGCGUGUGCGGGCGCCCUGCUGCACGCGCUGGCGCACGCGCCCGCCCCGCUCGCCGUGCAGCGGGCGCGCGCCCUGCACCGCACGGCGCUGCUGCCCCACGCCGGCGGACUGGCGCUGCAGCACGGUAUCUUCAUCGGCAAGAUAGCGAGCAACAGCGCCGCGGCCAAGGACGGCACGCUGUGCGUGGGCGACAGGGUUGUCAGCAUAAACAACAGAUCUCUGGAAGGCAUGAAGAGUGUCUCCGAGGCGAUGCUGCUGCUGAACGACUGCCAGUACGAGUCCGUCUCCAUCACGGUGCUGCGGCCGCUGCACGCCCUCACCGACAACAGGAAUAGGCUGUCCGCGUACGCCAGUUCGUUUCCGGACAACAAGCCGGUGAACAUCUGCUCGCAGACCGACGACAGCUACGGCCAGUUCCACGCCGCAGCCGUCGAUUCCAAGGUGUCGGGGGAGGGGGGCGCGGCGGAGCGGCGCUACGUGUACCACGUGGCGGCCGGCAGCCAGGGGAAGAUCGCGCAGGAGCGAGGCACGUGGGACAUGAUCCGGGGCAAGAUCGAAGCCGUCACCGGGAGGAGCAAGUCCAAGGAUAAACAGAAGGUGCCCGAGUCUGACGCUAUAGCGGAAUUGGAUUCAGUCAUAGACAGCUAUCACGGUAAAACUGUGAAAGAAACGAGUAGCGUGUUAAAACGCUCUCGACGGAAAAAUAAGGAAUCGCAGAACGAUUCAAAAAAUGGUGGCACGUGGCCUAAGGCUCGAGCUAAUUUUAUAUUAGAAGAAAACUCGACUGGGACGAUUGUGCAGCCGAGAUCUAGAAAAGAAAGGCCGCCUUUAUCGAUACUCCUCAGUCCGCCCACGAAACUACCACCAGAACCGCAAAGAUCGAAUACAAAUAGGAACUCGAACCCGAUACCUUUGGGACACGCUCCGCUAACUCAAGCCACGACGCCAGCGAGGCAUUCAGUCUACAAAUCGAUCGAGUCCUCCCCGGCUAUCGAGCACUUCCCAAAGCCCGCCCCUCUCGCCAUUCACAAUCCUUUCGCUUCCCCCAACAGCUUCGAGAAAAUUCGUACAUUAGAAAAAGAUAAGAUGUCGAUCAGCGACUAUUCUGAACACGACAUAACGCCGAAUCGUUUGAGUUUAGUUCUGAACCCGUCCGACGACUCGCUGGACUACCACCCGGUGACGCGCACCAGGACCAAGAGUCCGCACUCCCUGGACUUCAUGGUCAAUAAGGGACCGAGCUCUCUAGACUUUGUAACGCGCAAAUCGCCAAGUUCGUUAGAGCAUUCUAUCAAGAAUCAUCCGGGCAAGGAUAUUCUUGAGCAAUAUUAUUCGACCAAGAAGUCGUCGUCACCGAAGACAGUGAACAAGUAUCCAUCGGACAGCGAUAGUUUUGGGCCCGACUCGCUGAAUAGCAAUGCCAACUUUCCCAUGACGGGGACGUUGCCUUCGCAGUCGAGACUACAGUCGCAGUAUUACAGGGUACCCUUUUCAAAUUCGAACCCGCACACGUCGAGUCGGUACUCGCAGCUGGCGAGCCCGACGAACAUACCGCAGAGCCAGUCGGGGGAGAGUAUAGGAACGAGCUACGAAAUGCAUUCGUUCACGUCGCACACUCACAAUAUGUCCGACAUUCAACCGGUGCCGAGAAACAGUCGCGUGGGGGACUACAACCACGGCUACGAGGGCGGCACGUUUCCUCGCAAAAAGGAGAACCAGAGGUUUCGGAUACCGUCCAACCCGAGUGUCACUUCUAAGAACUCCGCGGGCAAACUGAGCACAGGUUCGAUCGAGAGAAGUUCCGAAAGAAACUCACCGAUGCCGACAUUUCACGUUGAAGUACUGAGCCCCGGGAGGGGGGCAAAGCAAUUAGCGCAUAAAGCUACAAGAAAUUCGAUGCCCGAAUACUGUGGGCUGAGUUGGAAUAAACCGUUGCCGGGGGAACUCAGAAGGGUACAUAUCGACAAAAGUCAACAGCCACUAGGUAUUCAAAUAUACUGUCCUCCAAGCAGCGGCGGUGUGUUCGUAUCCACUGUUAAUGAUAACUCCCUCGCAAGUCAAGUCGGUCUACAAGUAGGAGAUCAGCUGCUCGAAGUAUGCGGGAUUAACAUGCGUUCUGCGACCUACACCCUCGCAGCUAGAGUUCUAAGACAAAUAGGCAAUUCUAUUACAAUGCUCGUGCAAUACAGCCCGGAGAAAUACAAAGACGAAAUGGAGGUACAGGGCAGUUCAUCGUCGGGAGAGAGCUCGCACGACGAGGAAGUCUCGUUGUCGGGAUCGCCGACACCCAGGAACUCGCCCGGACCGCAGCAAUCUCUGAGAAUGGAGACCCCUUCGACUGAAGUAUCGACGUUAAGACAGUCGCAAGCCAACAAAGAGCUGCCAAGGUUUCUCCUCAUUGAGAUGAGGAACUGUUCAGAUUUAGGGAUAAGUUUGGUGGGGGGCAACGCUGUGGGUAUUUUCGUGCACAGCGUACAGAUCGACUCUCCGGCGUACAACGCUGGGCUGAGGACCGGAGAUCAGAUCCUAGAGUACAACAACGUCGACCUCAGACACGCCACUGCCGAACAAGCCGCGCUGGAGCUGGCCAAGCCUGCUGAUAAGGUGAGCGUCCUGGUCCGGCACGAUCUCCAGCAGUACCACGAGAUCAAGGACAAGCCGGGCGACGCGUUCUACAUCCGCGCCGGCUUCGACAGGUGCGCGAAGAUCACGUCCAUCGGGAUGGACGUCAUAGACGAGUACUCGCUGUGGUUCCGGAAGGACGAGGUGCUGUUUGUGGACAACACGCUGUUCAACGGCUCCCCCGGCCUGUGGCGGGCCUGGCAGCUGGACUGUAAGAGCGCUAAGAGGCACUGGGGGACCAUACCUAGCAAAUUCAAAGUGGAGGAGAUCCUGCGGCGGUCGUCGGGCACGCUGGAGUCGGACACGCAGCGCCGGGCCUCCACCACGGCGCGGCGCUCCUUCUUCCGCCGCAAGAAGCACCGCGACAGCAAGGAGCUCGCCUCCUUCUCCAACACCGAGCUGGGCUGCUGGAGCGACUCCGGCACGCUGGCCGACGAGCUGCCCGUGCUCUCCUACCAGAGGGUCGAGAGGCUGCACUACGCCCGGCAGCGGCCCGUGGUGGUGCUGGGCCCGCUGUGGGAGUGCGUGGCGGCGCGGCUGGUGUCGGACUGGCCGCACGUGUUCGGCGCCGUGCGGGCCGCGUCGCUGGCGCUGGCCGGCGCCGCGCCCGCGCUCGCCAGCGGCACGCACGUGGAGCCCCGCCCCGCGCCCGACUGCGCGCACCUCGACUGCAUCCCGCUGCGUGCCGUCAGGGACCUCGCCGACAAGGGCAUCCACUGCAUCCUAGAUAUAAGCGUAGCGACAAUAGAGAAAUUGCACAAACAGCAAAUAUACCCUAUAGUCCUCUUCAUAAAGUUCAAAUCGUUCAAACAAAUCAAAGAGGUGAAAGACACGAGGUAUCCCUCCGAGAAAGUGUCCGCCAAAGCAGCGAAGGAAAUGUACGAGCACGGCUUGAAAGUCGAGAACGAGUACAGGAGCUACAUUUCAGCCGAAAUACCAGCUGGCGUGAACAUUGCGUACAUGUGCACACAAAUCAAAGAGGCUGUUGAGGAGGAGCAGAACAAGACUCUAUGGGUUCCCUCGGUGCAGGCCUGACCAUUGCCCCCCACCCCCCUCCCCGCC